GUGUGCUGUACAGUGAGGUGUACCGUCCCUGCAGUGUCAUGCUACUGGUGAACCCCCACAGUGGGAAGGGCCAGGCCCUCAGCCUCUUCACCGGACACGUCCAACGUAUGCUCAACGAGGCCGGGGUCCCACACACACUGGUCAUCACAGGUGAGUUUAGCGUACUGUAUGUACACUACCAGUCAAAAGUUUGGACACACCUACUCAUUCAACAGUUUUUCUUUAUUUUUACUAUUUUUUACAUUGUAGAAUAAUAGUGAAAUAACACAUAUGGAAUCAUGUAGUAACCAAGAAAGUGUUAAACAAAUCAAAAUAUAUUUUAUAUUUGAGAUUCUUCAAAUAGCCACCCUUUGCCUUGAUGACAGCUUUGAACACUCUUGGCAUUCUCUCAACCAGUUUCAUGAGGUAGUCACCUGGAAUGCAUUUCAAUUAACAGGUGUGCCUUCUUAAAAGUUAAUUUGUGGAAUUUCUUUCCUUCUUAAUGCGUUUGAGCCAAUCAGUUGUAUUGUGACAAGGUAGGGGAGGUAUACAGAAGAUAGCCCUAUUUGCUAAAAGACCAAGUCCAUAUUAUGGCAAGAACAGCUCAAAUAGGCAAAGAGAAAUGACAGUCCAUCAUUACUUUAAGACAUGAAGGUCAGUCAAUACUGAAAAUGUCAAGAACUUUGAAAGUUUCUUCAAGUGCAGUCGCAAAAACCGUCAAGCACUAUGAUGAAACUGACUCCCAUGAGGACCGCCACAGGAAUGGAAGACCGUUCAGAGGGGACUGUGUGAAUCAGGCCUUCAUGGUCGAAUUGCUGCAAAGAAACCACUACUAAAGGACACCAACAAGAAGAAGAGACCUGCUUGGGCCAAGAAACACAAGCAAUGGACAUUAGACUGGUAAAAAUAAUAAACCUUUGAUGUAGGUGUCUUCACUAUUAUUCUACAUGUAAGAAAUAAAGAAAAACACUUGAAUGAGUGGUUCUCAAACUUUUGACUGGUACUGUACAGACACACACAUGCAUGCAUGAACGCACACACAACGCUCCCUCGCACCUCUCGACCCACACAGUCGACAUCUCCAGCGACGCAUCCGGUACACCACUGCGCCUCGUGGCGACUGGACAAACCAAAUCAGAAUCAUUAUUCUGUGUCCCUCCACUCCAAUUGGCAAUGAUCCACAAAGCAAGCUAAUGCCCGUCUCUCUCAAGCUGACCCUCCCUCUUUCUCCCCCCUCUCCCUCCCCCAUUUAUAAUCCUCUGGCUGUUUUCAGCACUAGCUGGCAGUCAUUACUCUGAUCAAGUGCUGCUGGCACAUAUGUAUGCAUGUAGAUCCAUUAUGUAAUAUGUUAUGUUUAUACACAAACCUCUGUAAAUCUGGUUCAACGUGAUGUUAUGCCCUAUUGAUGGGCUAAUAAUCUGUGUAUGUGUGUGUGUGUGUGUGUGAUUUGAUGUAAUUUAUAAGCCACAUUGAUGGGGAUAAUCGUCAUAAUGUGUGCUGCUACAGUCUGGGGACAUUUUAAUGAUAAUGUCCUGGUUUUGCACUGGGCUUCUGGUUCAAAGAUCAUCAGAUGGGUCAUAUCCAUUAGGGCACACUGUAGCAAAAUACUUUGCAACUGAAAAGGAAAACAUGUUUUUUAUUGGACAAGUUUAGGCAGUCCCAACCAUGUUUUAGUACAUUUUCUAUCGUUUGGGCUCCCGAGUGGCGCAGCGGUCUAAGGCACUGCAUCUCAGUGCUUGAGGUGUCAAUACAGACCCCCUGGUUAGAUUCCAGGCUGUAUCACAACCGGCCGUGAUUGGGAGUCCCAUAGGGCGGCGCACAAUUGGCCCAGCGUCGUCCAGGUUUGGCCGGUGUAGGCCGUCAUUGUAAAUAAGAAUUUGUUCUUAACUGAAUUGCCUAGUUAAAUAAAGGUAAAAUAAAAAUAAAUAAAUAAAAAUGAAUACGACCCAGAUGUAGCUUUUGAAGCCCUAAAUUUCAGCCCUCCUUUCAGUCUAUUGAGUUUCUCUCCCUCUCUCUGUUCUUAAAUCACUGCAGUGUCAGAGAGCAGUCAAGAAAAUGAAUCCCUUUCCCAAAACUGAGAGAGAAAUCUUCUGAACACAUUCUGAAGGGCUGAAUAUGUUAAAAUUGGAAAAUAGAAAAAAGAAAAAAGAGUUUAGAACUACCCCAGACUUUGGGGACACACUUGAUGGGAAAUUAAUCCUGAGAACAAUGUGUGGAUAGAUUCAACCAUGCUGAAAAGGUCAAUGUGAAAAGAAAAUAUCAGUGUCUCUCGGUGCUAAUCCAGUGAGACUGAGGCAGGGCCAGAGCUGUGCUAGCCUAUCGGACGGUUAGCAUGGGGACUCUAAUGAGAGAGGACAGGCCCAUUAUUGGAGCCCUGGCUGUGUGGCGGUGCCAGAGGGAGGGGAAGGAUGAGUCCACAGCCCAGAGAGAGACUGGUUAACUGGGCAUGGAGGAGGCUUGGCACAAGGGUCUCAGAGGAUCUCUUUCUCUCUCUCUCCAUCUUUCCCUCGCUCUCCCCCUCAGCUCCCUCUUGCUCUACCCUCUCUAGGCUGAGAAAAGCCUGUCAGGCACGAUUAAAUGAAUGACAGCACGCUUCUCCUGUCUUCCCUCAUUCAAUAUCAAUUCUAACUCCAUUUCAGUGGCCUUGUCAGAGAUAAGAGAACUUCCAAAAGUCCUUCUUUUAGCUGUGUUUCUAUCCAUAUUUUUCACAUUUUGUCCUGAAAAUAAGAGUCAGAAAGACAGGAGACUAAGGAAGCAUCUCAAUUGUCUAAAGUUGUCUCCUCUAGUCUUGUUAGUGUCAAUCAGUGCAGAUGAAGCAAGGAGAAAAAGAGAGGAAGCCACUGUAGACUAUUGACAUGUACCAAAGCAAAAUGAAAAGGAUCUAUGGUAGGAGGACGCCUUCUCUUUGUCAGUUCAAACGAAGAAGGAAAGUAUACAAGGAAAGGAAGCUACCUUAUUGAGGGACACCCUAACAGAAGGAAAGUGUCUGUGGCAGGAUGUUAUUCUGUUAUCUUAUCUUCCCAGAGACAUAUAGUCUUUCCAGUGAGAUCAGUGCAGUUGUGACCCAUCUAGCAUAUGUGUUAGCUGUGGUGGUUUUGGAACAGAACAGUAAAUGUCUAUAUUAUAGCCUGUGGUCCGUUCUCAAUUCAGAUGGAGGAAACUAGAUAGUAGAAAUAGCCACUGUUGACAAUUGAGAGUCCAUUUGAGACCUAGGAGAAUCUGUUGCAGGAUGUUAUCUUUCCAGUGCAGUUGUAACCUAGCACUGGUUGGUUUAGAACAGUACAGUGAGUUAUAUACAGUGAGGGGAAAAAAGUAUUUGAUCCCCUGCUGAUUUUGUACGUUUGCCCACUGACAAAGAAAUGAUCAGUCUAUAAUUUUAAUGGUAGGUUUAUUUGAACAUUGAGAGACAGAAUAACAACAAAAAAAUGUCAAAAAUGUUAUAAAUUGAUUUGCAUUUUAAUGAGGGAAAUAAGUAUUUGACCCCCUCUCAAUCAGAAAGAUUUCUGGCUCCCAGGUGUCUUUUAUACAGGUAACGAGCUGAGAUUAGGAGCACACUCUUAAAGGGAGUGCUCCUAAUCUCAGCUUGUUACCUGUAUAAAAGACACCUCUCCACAGAAGCAAUCAAUCAAUCAGAUUCCAAACUCUCCACCAUGGCCAAGACCAAAAAGCUCUCCAAGGAUGUCAGGGACAAGAUUGUAGACCUACACAAGGCUGGAAUGGGCUACAAGACCAUCGCCAAGCAGCUUGGUGAGAAGGUGACAACAGAUGGUGCGAUUAUUCGCAAAUGGAAGAAACACAAAAUUUCCCUCUGCCUGGUGCUCCAUGCAAGAUCUCACCUUGUGGAGUUGCAAUGAUCAUGAGAACGGUGAGGAAUCAGCCAAGAACUACACGGGAGGAUCUUGUCAAUGAUCUCAAGGCAGCUGGGACCAUAGUCACCAAGAAAACAAUUGGUAACACACUACGCCGUGAAGGACUGAAAUCAUGCAGCGCCCGCAAUGUCUCCCUGCUCAAGAAAGCACAUAUACAGGCCCGUCUGAAGUAUGCCAAUGAACAUCUGAAUGAUUCAGAGGAGAACUGGCUGAAAGUGUUGUGGUCAGAUGAGACCAAAAUCGAGCUCUUUGGCAUCAACUCAACUCGUCGUGUUUGGAGGUGACCCCAAGAACACCAUCCCCACCGUCAAACAUGGAGGUGGAAACAUUAUGCUUUGGGGGUGUUUUUCUGCUAAGGGGACAACACAACUUCACCGCAUCAAAGGGACGAUGGACGGGGCCAUGUACCUUCAAAUCUUGGGUGAGAACCUCCUUCCCUCAGCCAGGGCAUUGAAAAUGGGUCGUGGAUGGGUAUUCCAGCAUGACAAUGACCCAAAACACACAGCCAAGGCAACAAAGGAGUCGCUCAAGAAGAAGCACAUUAAGGUCCUGGAGUUGCCUAGCCAGUCUCCAGACCUUAAUCCCAUAGAAAAUCUGUGGAGGGAGCUGAAGGUUCGAGUUGCCAAACGUCAGCCUCGAAACCUUAAUGACUUGGAGAAGAUCUGCAAAGAGGAGUGGGACAAAAUCCCUCCUGAGAUGUGUGCAAACCUGGUGGCCAACUACAAGAAACGUCUGACCUCUGUGAUUGCUAACAAGGGUUUUGCCACCAAGUACUAAGUCAUGUUUUGCAGAGGGGUCAAAUACUUAUUUCCCUCAUUACCUGGGAUAGGAUAAAGUAUUCCUUCUAACCCCCCCCCCCCCCCCCCCAAAUUGUAAAGUGGUUAUCCCACUGGCUAUAGGGUGAACGCACCAAUUUGUGAGUCGCUCUGGCUAAGAGCGUCUGCUAAAUGACGUUAAUGUGCCCUUGAGCAAGGCACUUAACCCUAAUUGCUCCUGUAAGUCGCUCUGGUUAAGAGCGUCUGCUAAAUGACUAAAAUGUAAAUGUAAAUGUAAUUAAAAUGCAAAUCAAUUUAUAACAUUUUUGACAUGCGUUUUUCAGGAUUUUGUUGUUGUUAUUCUGUCUCUCACUGUUCAAAUAAACCUACCAUUUAAAAUUAUAGACUGAUCAUGUCUUUGUCAGUGGGCAAACAUACAAAAUCAGCAGGGGAUCAAAUACUUUUUUCCCUCACUGUAGCCUGUGGUCCUGUGGCUUGUUCUCUAUGGCUGGUCCUCAGGGGGGGAGAGCGUGCGGUGAGGCGGUGGUUCUAGUGGUUCUACAUCCCUCAGGCUGUCGCUGUCCCUGUCCCUGUCCCUGUCCCUGGGUGCUGACUAAGCUGCCACAGCGUGUCCUCCAUCUCCCAACCGGGUUGACUUAUCUAUACACACCACUGCCACUUCUGCUCCAGCUGUUGACCCAGAGUCUCCCGUUAGACACACACUCAGUGCAGCCUUUGUGAACAGGUAGUCACCCACGCACACAUGCGCACACACACACGGCAGAGAAAAGGAUCCCUGCUAUUACUGUCAGUGUGCAUUAUGGAGCCCUGGUGCAGUCGGACCUAGACCAUUGAAUGGUCCCUUUUUUAAAUGUCAUGUCUGUGUCCUUACUUCACUCAGCCCAGCAUCGUUUAUACCCUAGUGUGAGAUGGGUUUGGAACCUCCUUUUGUGGGAGGCAGGGUCAGUGAGAGUGUGGCUGGGAGGAGAGGGACAGAGAAAGAAGACUGAAGUAAAGUGAUGGUAUAUUGGUGGUAUUGGAGGUUAAGCUUCACGCUUUUUCUUUUUUUGGAAUCCCAGAGUUGUGUGAAUUAUAGCUUCUUUAGAGGGACAACAAUGGCUGCCCUGAGACCAACCAUGAAAGACACGUGCACGCCCACACACACACUGUAGAGAACAGGAUAGUUGUCCACACACACACACACACACACACACACACACACACACACACACACACACACACACACACACACUGUAGAGAACAGGAUAGUUGGCCAAACACACACACCUCCCCUCCAGCCAUGGGCCAGUGUAGAGCAGAAAGGAGCAGUGUAAUGAUUGUCUCAUUCCACAGAGCCACAGAGCUGGGAAGAGGAAGAACGACUGCUUGCAGCCCAGAGGCUGAGCCGGUCAGUCAAGUUACACUACAGUACUGCACUGCACCCAGUCCCAGACCUCAUAUAUUUUAACACUCAUAAAAUGAUAAAAAGCACCAACUUCCCUCCAUGAGCAGUCUGUGUGUAUGUGUGUGUGCAUAUGUGUGUGUGUGUGUGUGUGUGUGUGUGUGUUAAAGUGCUAUCUCCCCUCUUUUUUGCUAUCGGCUACUGUCAGCUAUCCCCAUAAACAGUAAAGGGAGUGUGUUAACCACAUCAAUAUUAACAUCUCCUCCUACUCAGCAACCAACCUCUUCUAUUUUACAGCUCUGUUGCCCUCCGCCUUAAAACUGACCGGUUACCUAUACACACACUAUGUUUACAGCCUCUGUAUAUGCAAAUGAGCGCCCUAUAGGCCGUGGUCAAAAGUAGUGCACUAUGUAGGGAAUAGGGUGCCAUUUGGGACGCAACCUCAGUAAUCGGAUGCCUCCCCUCGAGGCCUAUGUUGCCGAGGGAAAUGCUCUCUACUGUUGUGUCAAGACCAGCAUAAAACGAUACAGCGAACAAUCGCACUACUGUAUUGUAGACUACACACACAGAAAGGAAAAAUAGAGAUUGGGUAUUGCUGUCAGUGUCAGUGGGUUUCAGAUGCAAGGACAAACAAGGGAAUAUAGAGAGCUACAAAAGUGUUUCCCAACUCCGGUCCUCCAGUACCCCCAACAGUACACAUUUCCGUUGUAGCCCCGGACAAACAUACCUGAUUCAACUUGUCAAGGGCUUGAUGAUUAGUUGACAAGUAGAAUCAGGUGUGCUUGUCAGGGGGCCACAACAAUAAUAUGUACUUUUGGGGGUACUGGAGAACCGGAGUUGGGAAACACUGCUAUACAGUAUCUCUGUGCAAAGAGACACUUACGCCUCGAUCACACCGGCAGCAUCAUUGCAUUUUGGUACACCAGAAGUACGUUCAUUUCCAAUGGAACGCUGCGUUUGCCUUGCAGCAUUGCGUUGCCGAGGCAGUUGCAGUGUGUUCUGUGUGGUGCAUACAUUGGAUUUAUCGAACGUAUGCGUCAAACUGUAUGCAUAGACGGCUUGACAGAAAUGGUAGCAGAAGGGGAAUGAUGAGCUUUUGUGGCACACAUAUCCAGAUGAUGCUGCGUACUAUAUCGGUGUGAUCAAGGCGUUAGGCUGCGUUCACACAGGCAGCCCAAAUCUGAUAUUUUUUUCACUCAUUUGUCUUUUGACCAAUUAGAUCAGCUAUGAAAAAUAUCUGAUGUGAUUGGUCAAAAGACCAAUUAGUGGAAACAAAGAUCAGAAUUGGGCUGCCUGUGUAAACGUAGCCUUAGAGAGAGGUAGUAAUAAGAUUCAUUGGGGAAGAAAGAAAAACUUGGCUUAUGCUGUUAAGCUUGAGUGGCUACAACCAAAGAGCUCUUAGAUGGUCUGGCCUUUUAUAAAGAGUGUGUUUUGAGGAGAGAGGAAAUACGUGUGUGCGUUUCACGGUGAGAGUGUGCUACUAAUAUUAACCCUGGCAGAGUGUUAGGGAAAUGUAGUGGAAUAAAAAGUGCGAUUGAAAAGUAAUGGUGAUGAUGAUGAUACAGGAAGCAGUACCAGUCACUCACUAUAUAUAGACACCCCAGGAGGUUGGUGGCACCUUCAUUGGGGAGGACGGGAUCGUGGUAAUGGCUGGAGUGGAAUAGGUGGAAUGGUAUCAAAUUUGAUGCCAUUCCGUUCGCCCCAUUCCGGCCAUUAUUAUGAGCCGUCCUCCCCUCAGCAGCCUCCACUGAUAGACUACUGCCCCAUAAAGAAAAUGAAUUACAGCUCUAGGAGCCAUUAGUACAGAUCUACGAUCUGUUUACCCUCACCUAAGCAUAACAUUAACCAUACAGGGAAAUAACACAAAACUGACCUUAGGUUAGUGCUAGGGGAAACGUAAUCCUGCUCCUGGUGGAAUGAUGGGUACAGUUCUAGGAUAAUCUUACCCUCACCUAAGACCAACCUUCACUAUUUGGGGGAGAAACACGCAAUCUGACCUUAGAUCAGCAUCAUAGGGGAAACGUAAUCUUACUCCUGUUGCAAUGUACAAUCUGCUGAUUGCCCCAGUCUAAUUUGAUGGAGUGCCCUACCGUAAUUUGGCCUUGUAAUCUAAUUUGCAAUGUGAUACUACAUUUCAUUAAGGUGGCAUAUCAACUGUCCUCUCUGCCCUAAAGACAUGUGCUGCUAGCCUGGUCACAGGAGGUUGGUGGCACCUUAAUUGGGGAGGACGGGCUCGUGGUAAUGGCUGGAGCGGAAUUAGUGGAAUGGUAUCAAAUACAUGGUUUCCAUGUGUUUGAUGCCAUUCAAUUGACUCCGUUCCAGACAUUAUAAUGAGCCGUCCUCCCCUCAGCAGCCUCCACUGAGCCUGGUACUGUAGGUGGGAUAUCAGUUGUACUCUACUGCUCAGUCUAAAGAAGCCAACUGGCCACCGUUUGCUAGCCUGUUACCAUACCUUCCAUGUUCCCUUUGUUUUGUUCAGCUAUUGUAUUCACAACAACUUGAUUGGAAAGUUAAAGAUCUCACAACUACAAAAGAGGCCACGCACCACACACAUAAACACACGUAAACAUACUCUUCUUCCAUGUAUGUUUUCAGAGCGGCAGAACCAUGCCAGAGAGUUGGUGAGAGAGGCUGACCUGUCACAGUGGGAAGCUAUAGUCAUCAUGUCCGGGGACGGACUUCUGUUUGAGGUGAGGUACAAAAUACAAUAAUCCAUUCCUGCCAACAUGGCAUCCAUUUAGCUUCUAAACCUCACCCAGUUUGCUGAGAUCCGUGGCUCUACCUGACCUUGCUUAUUGUUGCACAGACACCGAUUUUAAGCCAAUUUGUGGACUCACCAGCACUUUAAAUGGAGAGUUUCCACUGAAAGUGCACUUUAGUUUAGACCAGGCCUUAUCUUGGUCUGUGAAAGUGGCCCUAGAUCUGGUGAGUCUCUGGCUGUUGGGUGACCCCUGCUCUAUCUGUUGCCACAGGUGGUGAAUGGCCUGAUGGAGAGAGAGGACUGGGAGGAGGCCAUCCAAACCCCACUGGGCAUCCUACCGGGGGGCUCCGGUAACGCCCUGGCUGCCUCUAUACACCACUACUCUGGGUGGGUGACACACCAAUACCCCCAUGUAGCAGUUAAUUAGUAGCAGUUAGACACCACUACUCUUGGUUGGUGACGCACCAAGACCCCAAUGUAGCAGUUAGACACCACUACUCUGGCUGGGUGACACACCAAGACCCCCAUGUAGCAGUUAAUUAGUAGCAGUUAGACACCACUACUCUGGGUGGGUGACACACCAAGACCCCCAUGUAGCAGUUAGUCCCAAUAAUGUAAUUUGAAAAUGCAUGCUUCGCCCCUCCCCUUCCUUGAACUACUCAAUCUGGCAUGAUUGGAUUGUGGCAAGUAAUGCAUUGCUUUGAUGUUUCCCAUGUUGGAUGAGUGAUUAGGAAGGGAAUAAUGAAGGAACAAGGAAACAUGAAUUAAAAACAAAUCUAUCCAGUUGGGUGAGAAAUAUACUUCAAGGAAGACCGAAACGAAGGAUGCACUAUAGACAACCAUCUACACAGUCACAGGGCAUACUACUGCCCAUAUGUUUGACAAACUGUAUUGAGUCAAUCUCCAGAAUCAGUAACAGAGAAUAAACCUACUGCUGCUGGCUCUUUCUUUAACCAACAUAGUAUAGAACAUCAACACAAUGAAUCACAAUUACACAACCAGCAUGCCCUCCUGUCUAUCCAUCUCUGCCCCCCACCAGAAGCCCCAGUCAACCAGCCACACAAUGAGAGGAAGGACCCAGAGUCUGUUUUGUUCUCUCUGCCCUGCAGGGGGAUCCAGAAUAUGAUCUGCUCUGUUUUUGAUCAACAGUGGUUUACUGUAUCACCGGUUGUCCUAUGUAUAUAGGCUGGUCCCAGAUCUGUUUGGGCUGUAGGCUAUAGGACAUUAUGGUAAAACGGGUCAGUUUAUAGAUAGUACCCCCUCUACUGGUCGUUAAGAGAUACUACACCCCAGUGGCUAAUGCAAAAGUGACUAAUGCAAAAGCACAUACUAAGAAAAUAGCUCAAACUGGUCCGAUGUUAUUGUUUAUAAAAAACAAUGUACAAAAACCGUGAUAAAAGAAAGCAAACAGACACCCCAAUGGCUAUUAUUGAAUGGUGAGCCUAAUGACUAGGUUGAAUAUUGAAUACAAACUGAAUAUGGAUACGCUGCCAUAUGGACGUGACCCCAGUGGUAUGGAACUCCAUUGAGACGUAAUUACCUAAUUGGCUGUGAUGUAGAGGAGAAAAGACAGCAGGCUGGGUGGUUGAUGUGGGGCUAGUGGUCCCAUGACCUCUCUACCGCCUCACCGCCUCACCGCCCCCACCCCACCCCCCAGCCCCUUCUCCCAGCUGGGCUUGUCUUUGUUGUCUGUCAUGUAUACCGCUAACUCCCCCCUCUCUCUCCCCCAAUCAUCUUCCUUCUCCCCCCAUCUUUCUCUCUCUUCCCCCCUGACAGGGCCCAGCCGGUGUCAAGCGAGGAACUGCUCGUCAGCUGUGGCUUCCUGCUGUGUAAGGGCCUGGUGUCUCGCAUGGACCUGGCCUCCGUCCACCUGGGCUCCAGCCCCUCCAGCCCUACGCGCCUCUUCUCCUUCCUCUCGCUGGCCUGGGGCUUCGUGGCUGACGUGGACGUGGAGAGCGAGAAGUACCGCCAUGUGGGCGCCGCCCGCUUCACCAUGGGGACGUUGGUCAGGCUGGCAUCGUUGAGGGUGUAUAAGGGCCGUCUGGCAUACCUGCCGGUUGACAAGGUGGAUGGAGCGGAAGAGGAUGGGCAAUCGCCAGUCUCGUUGGAGGAGAUGACCAGCGUGUCACCUCAACGCCAACCGCCAUCGUCUGCUUUCUGCUCCUCCACCCUCCUCUGCCGACCUUCGAAGGACUCGCCGUGCCAGAACGCAGCCUACCACACCUUCCACAACUCCUGUUACUCAAACAAAGCCUUCAAGGUGAAGAAGAGGGAACCCAUGUCCGCUAAUGCCACGCUAACAGGCCCGCCAGACUCUCUCCUGGUGCCCCUGGACCAGCCGGUGCCCAGCGACUGGGUGGUGGUGCCCGAGGAGGACUUUGUCCUCAUGCUGGCCAUGUACCAGUCUCACCUGGCAGAGAACCUGUAUGCCGCGCCCGACUCUACACUCGAUGACGGACUCAUCCACCUGAUAUACGUCCGAGCAGGCAUAUCGCGCACAGCCCUGCUCCGGCUCUUCCUGGCCAUGGAGAAGGGCACCCACCUAGCCAACAACUGCCCCCACCUGGUGUACGCCCGUGUGCGGGCGCUGCGGCUGGAGCCCUACUCGCCCAAAGGGGUGAUCACGGUGGACGGGGAGGUGGUGGAGUAUGGGCCGGUCCAGGCCCAGGUACACGGCGGGAUGGCCAGGCUCAUCACUAGA